AUGUUCCGUUCGCUCUUUGGGAGGGUGUUUGGUAACACAGGCAAACCGCCACUCCCGCUGUCAUACUGCUGGCAUCCGUCAUGUUUCUUUUAUGCCGAUGUACGUCCCUUUUUGUGGUUUCGAUUUUCGCGUUCGCUGCUCGCUGCUCGCUCGAUCGGUCGGUCUGCCAGAAAGUUUGCCAGAUACAUCAAGAUUGAGUAG